AACACGAACUUAGCACAAAUUGUCCCCUCCCAGCUUCGGUAGUGCUUACUUUCGACCUUGGCUGCUCUAUUUAUCCAAGUCUGCCCGCAGUUUAAUUAAUAAACAGAAAAGGAAGAGCGUGUGUUCCAGAUAGGUGCGUUAUCCAAACUAAUGAAUUCAAAGAUACUGGCAGAUACAAGUAAUCAUAUUUCGUCUAUUACGGAGCUACAUCCGAAAGAACGUAUUUCAGCUGACUGUAAUUUGAUCAUACAUAGAACCAGAGAGGCAGCAGGCUAACUGCCUUGUUUACUAUCAUACUCUAUUACGAAAACAAGAAAGAUGCUGCUGUUCAGAUUCGGCGUGGUUCUAACCCCGGAAUCUGAAGACGUGGAAAUGCUGAUACUGGGCUCCCGUCCGGAGAUGGGGCACUGGGAUCCGGCGAGGGCGGUUCCGAUGACGCCGUCGAGGAAGGUCCUAUCGACCUGCGAGCCUUGCCUGUGGACCGGCGAGGUUCUGCUGGCGGAACCGUACACCGACAAACACUGGUUUAAGUUUGUUAAACGGGUGGGCGGAAACCUCAUCUGGGAAGGCAACGGUCCCCAUCACGACCGCUGCUGCGUGUUUGAUGGCAGCAACGUGGUGGACGGGGUUUACUGCCACCCCAUCGGCCACUGGAUUGAGGCAAGCGGGCACACCGAUGAGAUGCAGCACACCACGAACUUCUACUUCAGCGUGGCUGGCCAUCACGCCAUGCACUUCUCCAGGAUUCUUCCCCGGCUCUGGCUGGGCAGUUGCCCCCGGCAACUAGAGCACGUGACGGUGAAGAUGAAGCAUGAACUAUCCGUCACCGCGGUGCUGAACCUCCAGACGGAGUGGGACGUGGUCAACAACUGCAAGGGCUGCCGGGGCCACUCGGCCGGGGAAGUCAGUCCUGACACCAUGGAGCUGCUGUACAAGGAGUGCGGCAUGGCGUAUGUGUGGAUCCCCACACCAGACAUGAGUACCCAGGGAAGGAUACGCAUGCUUCCCCAGGCAGUGUUUCUCUUGUAUGGCCUGCUGAAGAACGGACACACGGUGUACGUGCACUGCAACGCCGGGGUGGGCCGUGCCACCUCUGCCGUCUGCGGCCUCCUGAUGUACGUGCUGGGCUGGAGCCUGAGAAAAGUGCAGUACUAUGUGACGGCCAGAAGGGCGGCGGUCUACAUAGACGAAGAGGCCCUACUUCGCGCCCGUGAGGACUUCCUCCAGAAGUUUGGGAGCAUCAGAUCCUUUGGCUGGAACCCAGAUUCCUAAGUUCCUGGCUCAAAUUCUGCUUGUGCUCCUCUCUAGCUAUGGCUGGGAACAACUGGAACCUGUAGUUUAGCAGUUCAGAAAUCAAUUCAGGAUAUUUUUUAUAUGCUUUUCAUUUCUUAAUUGAUCUGAAUUUCCUUUAUUUUGUCCUUACACAAGAGUUCUCGCACACAGUAAAGGCACAAUUUAAUUAUUUCAAUCAAUAGCCUCAAAAAAUACCCCUUCCGCCAAGACCGGCUUUACUUAAGCCAACAUAACAGAUGACACUAAUUUAAUCUCACUACUGUUGUCAGUCAGGUUAAAUUAUGGAUGAUUAACAAUCAUAUAUCAUUUGCCAGAAAGGUGGAACCAUUGUCAGUUGAUUUACUGGCCAGCCUUGUAGAGAGAGGAGUGCAUGCAGAUUGCCCAGUAUGCGGGAGUGACUGCAAUUUAGUCUAAAUGCAGUAGUGCAUAUGUGCAUGUCUGUGCCAUGCGAUGGAGAGAAUACGGUUUAAUGUGCAUUCAGAGUGAAUACGGUGUAGUCGGUAUGGACAGCUCACUGAUUUGAUCCUUAACGGUCCACAAUGUUGAUCUGCCGUCAGGAUCCAGUAUAUCCUCAGAUAAACACUGUGAGCCAAAAGCAGGCAGAGUAAUUCCCUGUAGGUGGCGUCGUAAAUCCCAGCUGGCUCUUGUUAGCCUAAAUAUCUUGUUAGGAUUAUUUAGAGCAUCGGCCGGAUGUUCUGGGAACAGUGGUUGCAGACUGAUUGGGUAAACCACAGGGGAAGGUGUCUUCAUGUUUUCUGCUUGUGUGAGUCUGGUUAACUGUGUUUCGCGAGUUUGUAAAUCCCUGCAAAGAGUCAAUCUUAAAGGGGCCUCGUCCCCAUUUUGCGUCGUUUCUGUUCAAGAAAGCUUGUGCUUGUGGAAGACCUCGUGGUCCAUCUGCCCCAGUACCUGCCACCGCAUACUGCUUUAACCUCGCUGAGCAGCUUCGCUUGUUCUGCGUCCCUGAAGCAAGAUGAGCGUGGCAGACAGGCCGACGAACAUUUAGAGAGGGAAAGGGACAUCUUUUGUGGGUCCUUCAGGACGUCGAUAUCAAUGAGAGACUCCAAGUGUCGGCUCAGGGUAUGGGGUCAGAAAAAUGCUAGAUGUAGUGGCGUGGAGAUUUAGAGCCAAUCUCCACACCGAACACAAUUCGUGACUCACUGCAGAGGACUAAGUAAGUAAGUAAAUAAGCCCAAGCUA